UGCGGGGCAACCAGCAGGUCUUCUAGGCUGUCCAAGAACUUCAGGGCCCAUAGCUUGUGUGCAUCGUUAGAGAGACGGUACAACCAGAUCUGGAGAUCCAGGACCCACCUGUGCCGCAACGAGCUGAGCAGAAGGUGCCCCGAAUCGGAACUCGUAGCGCAACGCUCGCACUGCUUCACGUGCCGACUCGUCGGAGGACGAUGCCAGCCCGCACACUUCCUGCAUCGCAAGCCAGUCGUCAGAGCAUGUGGCUGUCAGCCGUCCUGCACCAGACCGCUAUCAAUCUGGGUCCAUGCACACCGAUUUCAUUUCGCGACGCACCAAUCUUCCGCGUGAGCUCUGUGGCCGCUCUACUACUGCUGGCAGUGGAAGCCAUGGAGGAUGUCGAGGCGAUGGAUGCUUGCUUCGUGAUCUGAAUCGGCGUGGGUGGCACAACCGGAGACUUGGCGUCCUUCGCCUUUUCUUUGCCUGCAGUUUUCCUCCCCCGUUCUUGGAGCUGGCUCGUGAUAUAGCGCGCAGUGACGCGGACACGGUCUACCAUCUCAGGGACUUUGCUCGGGAGAACAGCGGAUGGGAUGUCGGGUGACUGCCCUGGCAGUUGAGCUGGAACGGCAGUUGAGCCCGCAGACGACGAGGGGGGUUGGUCCAGCUGCAACGAAGACACCGAUGACCAAGUCACGAAGUUCCGGACGGGUGCCGAGGCUCCAGGUGGGAGGUGGUCCU